AUGCAACAUGUUCAAUUGGAUUCUAAUGUUCGAAUGCAUACAAUGACAUUACCACCAUCAUUGGAAUGGCCCAUCAAUGACAAAGACAACAGCAAUGACAAAAAAGUAUGGACAAUAACUGGUGCUAAUGGUAAUUUGGCUACCGUUGAGAAUGCAUCUGAAAAAAUUGGCGAUAAAAGUGUAAAUGUUAAAACAUUGUCCAUUCAAGGAAUGUUUAUUGUUCAAGUGUUAACAGCUUGUUUUGCUGGUUUUGCACAUGGUGCAAAUGAUGUAAGUAACGCUAUUGCACCGUUGACCGCACUGUUGGCAAUCUAUAGAAAUAUGAGUGUUGAUCAAAGUGAAGCAACACCGAUCUAUGUCCUAUUGUUCGGUGUUGUUUCAAUAUGCAUUGGACUUGUUGUACUUGGCCAUCGGGUAAUCCGAACAGUUGGAACAAAUAUGAGCGAAAUUAAUCCGGCUAGCGGUUUUUCAAUUGAAUUUGGUGCUGCAGUUACGGCAUUAGUUGCCAGCAAAGUUGGACUUCCAAUCAGUACUACACAUUCACUGGUUGGUAGUGUGGUACUUGUUGGCGUUGUCAAAAGCAGGGCUGGUGUAGAUUGGAAAAUUUUCCGAAACAUAGCUUUAUCAUGGGUUAUCACCCUACCAGUUUCAGGUCUCAUCGCAGCGGGUUUAAUGCUUCUUCUAAAGUUUGCUUUAUAA